AUGGGGACGCGGGGUGGGUUCUGGCCAUGGCGGCGCGCGCGUCCCCGCUGGUGGUGGUCCUGGGGGCCACCGGCACCGGCAAGUCCGCCCUGGCGCUGCAGCUCGGACGGAGGUUCGGCGGGGAGAUCGUCGGCGCCGACUCCAUGCAGGUUUACAAAGGGUUAGAUAUCAUCACCAACAAGGUCUCCCCUCAAGAGCAGAGUCUCUGCAAGCAUCACAUGAUCAGCUUUGUGGAUCCCCUCCUGACUAAUUACACCGUGGUGGACUUCAGGAACAAGGCAACGGCCCUGAUCGAAGACAUAUUUGGGCGAGGGAAGAUCCCGAUCGUGGUGGGAGGCACCAACUAUUACAUCGAGUCCUUGCUCUGGAAGGUCCUGGUCGAUACCAAGCAGGAAGCCCCCCGCCCCGCCCCAUCUGCCAGCGCCCCCGCGGCCGCGGCCAUCGACAGGAAAGUCGAGCUGGAAAAGCUGGAUGGGCCAGAGCUGCAUCGACGCCUGAGCCUGGUGGACCCCGACAGGGCCGCCACGCUGCACCCGCACGACAAACGCAAGCUGUCCAGGAGCUUGCAAGUGUUCGAGGAGACGGGGAUCUCCCACAGCGAGUUCCUCCGCCGGCAGCAGGCGGAGGAAGGCGGCGGUCCCCUCGGCGGCCCCCUGAGGUUCCCCCACCUGUGCAUCUUCUGGCUCCACGCCGACCAGGAAGUUCUAGACCAGCGGCUGGACCGCAGGGUGGAUGACAUGCUAGCCAACGGGCUCCUGGAAGAGCUGAGGGAUUUCCACCGGCGGUACAACGAGGAGAAGAUCGCCGCCGAUCGCCAGGAUUACCAACACGGGAUCUUUCAGUCCAUCGGCUUCAAGGAGUUCCAUGAGUUCCUGAUCACCGAGGGGAAGUGCCCACCCGAGACCAGUCUUCUGCUGCUACAGAAAGGGGUGGAGACGCUGAAGCAGGUGACCAAAAGAUACGCCCGGAAGCAGAACAGAUGGGUCAAAAGCCGCUUCCUGAGCCGCCCCGGGCCCGGCGUGCCCCCCGUGUACGGCCUGGAGGUGUCCGAUGUCUCCCAGUGGGAGGAGUCCGUCCUGGAACCGGCGGUCCAGAUCGUGAGGAGCUUUAUCCGGGGCCAGCAGCCGGCCGCCGAGCCCCUGAGGAUCCACGGCGACGGGACGGAAAACAAGCGGCGUCUUCGCGUCUGCGAGCUGUGCGACCGAACCAUCAUCGGGGACCGAGAAUGGGCAGCCCACACAAAAUCCAAGUCCCACGUGCACCACCUGAAGAAAAGGAGAAAAUUGAGCUGCGGGGCUGCGGCCCCCGCCCCCCCAAAUCCGGGCGGGGUCCCAGAGGCUGACGAGGAGCUUCCGGAAGCGGGGCCCGCCGGGGGCGGCCAGCGGCCGAUCGAGUCCAGCGCUUGACCGACGGGCGACCGGCAGCGGUCCGGACCCAAGGAGCCGGUGGCCGGCCGGCGAGGGGCUCCUGGCGGCGGGGCUCGGGCUCCGGACCGCCGCCCGGCCCUCGGGGAGGGCCAGAGCCGCGCUCUUCCUCACGGCGGGAAGGGCGGGCGGCUCCAGGGACGUGGGCUCGGCUCCGGGGGGACGGUGGAAGGAGGAAGCCGGGCCGGACCCCGGGGAGCCGGAAAGGGGCCGGGGCAACCCGAGACCGGGCUUUUAUUUUUUAUAAACAAUUCCGUUUUCCAGGAUUUUUAUACCAAAUAAAAAUGCCCCGGUCCAGCACGUCCUCCGUGGCCCGUUGGCGACUCCUCAGUUGGGUAAGAGCCCACCGGGGCCGGCUGUUUUCCGGCUCCUUUGCCGGAAGAUCCAGUUGACUUCCGCCGCAGGGGGCUGUGGCCCCCAAAUUGUCGUAGGAGUAACGCUAUUUAUUAAGCGCUUUGUGCGUGCAGAGCACCGUCCUGAGGGCUUGGGCGAGUUGGACCCGGUCCGCGUCCCUCGGGGUUCCCGGCCGCCUGGGCCGGAAGGGGUCGGCCAAUCCGGACAGAAGGGGGUCCCCCGACGGGAGCGGCGCAUCCGUGGCGGGAAGCCCGAAGCCGAGGCAGGGGUCGAGGCCUCGGCGCCUCCGGCCCGGCGAUCGUGAGGGGCCGCCCGGGGCCCCGGGUUGUCCGAUGUUCAAUAAAAAAGAGAUGUGAUGUUUCUUGCUGGGAA